UCAGUAGUUGGUCCUGGACCGGUGGAGUGAUAAGUAGUGAGUUGGCCCUCAGUCGCCAUCAUUGCAAGGAAGCUCCCACAGACCUUACAAACCCGCCUUUCGCUGCGAGCAAAUGAACCUGGCACCCCCCCACAGCCAGUCGCCAAGGCCCGCCCCGCCCCGCCGAUCGAACCAGUAAACCGCGUGUCGUUUUCUGGUUGUCUUUCGCUUUCCAAAACGCCAAGCCUGGAGCGCCCGCCGACUCACGGGCUGGAGCGUGACUUUGAGGCCAAUGGUGACCAGACUACCGACGUGCUCUCGUGCGAUACACCCGUAGCAACGCCUUCGUAUCUACUGAAGAAGUCCCCGUCGAGUUUGGAUCGUCCUCCUACACCAUGGCACUUGUUAUGUGUGCCACGCGUGGUGUCGCCUGCCGGCAUGAUGAGGGCAAGAACCACCCUCAUAGAUCACGGUUAACCAAACGGCAGCAGAAUCAGAGCGGCAAUCAACACCACAGUCGUCGCCAACAGAAAAGCAAGUCCCAAUCACCACUCAGGCAGUACACUGAAGAUUCCUGUGACACCCCUGGGUACACCGACAGUGUUCAACACAGAUACCCAGAAGAGCAGGAAAUUCUCUAUGACACAAGCAACAACAACGACAGAAAUCGACUUGAUCUCAACAACCUGAAGAUUGUGAAUGGAAAAUCAGUACAUGUUCCAGUUUCUGCUUACCCCAAAUCCUUCAUUCAGUGGCCCGUUGACGGCUCCACAAAGAACAAGCGUAUUGCAGAAGUAAAGAAACAGGUGAAACUUCUAGGAGAACUCAUCAAAAUGACUGUUGGGGGAGGCCAGCACGAUGAAUCCCUCGCAGAUGACAAGACCCCCUCCAACCCCCCACCCUUCUCUGACCAUGUUGACAUGUCCAGAAUCCCUGCUUAUGCUCUUGUCCACUCAGCCGAAGAUGGCUCUCAGCCCAAGUGGGAUGACAUCAAGGAGCUUAUUAAUGCAGGCAAAAUGAAGGAGGCCAAAAUUAUGGUACGUGAGGCUGAUUGGAGUCUUGCCAGCCCAGUCCGUGAGGAAUUAUGGAAAGAAAUGUGCCGGCAUCAUUCAACAGAAAAAGACUUCAGCGAUUAUUACUACUGGGACACUGUCAAGCAGAUUUAUGGAACCACUGAGCUCAGUGAGUGCCAUGCGCAACUACCAGCCUUCAUUGACACCCACCACACAGUCUCUCACUGCCUGUCUCCAAGAGGAGUCUCUGCCUGUGAACGUGUCAUCUCUGUCAUUGCUUUCUCCCACCCAGCCAUCACAUAUGCACCAUCACUUUAUUCUCUGACAUCUGUACUCCUACAUUACAUGGAUGAAACCGAUGUGUACAACUGCAUGUCUGUGUUGGUUUCUGGUGCCCAGAACAAAUUCAUCACACAGACCAAAGUGUCCCAUGAAGCCACUUGGAGAGCAGCCAUGAUCCUAGCCAGAAAACACAUUCGAGGUUCCUUCUCAACUCUUUCUAAAUUUGGAGUCACCCAAGAACAGAUUGAAGAAGGAUUUCAGAAUUGGCUUUGGUGGAUCCUUGCUUCACUUCCUCUGACUCACUUGGUAAGAGUUCUUGACUGCUUCCUUUUUGAAGGGGCUAAAGUUUUGCUUCGAACUGCUCUUGCAAUCUUCCACCUCUUUGUCAAGGCAGUUAUGAAUGAUUCUUCCAUGGCAGCGUCCCUUCCUUCACGUGGACUCAAAGAAGCUAUUUGCCGAUUUUGUCAGAAUAUCCAAGUGCCCACACAGAAAUUACUAAAAACAGCUUUUGGCAUCCGUGGAUUUAGCAAGUCUGAAAUCACCAAAGUUAUUGUCCAGACUGAGAUGUUCCUGAAGAGCCAGCGCAGCAUGGGUGGCACAGGGAGUGGAUCUGGUGUGCCAGAAGUUCCAACAUUAACACGUUCGGUGUCCCUGGAAGGCUUGCCAACAUCUGAAACCCAGGCUGAUAUUCAGAUGAUGUCCCAUACCUUAACAAUCAAGGAGCUUCUGACUUUGUGGUCAUGGCUACCUGUGAGAAUGACAAUGCAUCAGCCUUCUCUGAUUUACACCACAGAAGAACAUGGCUGUUCCCUCACAACAUUCUUCCAGCGUGUGGAGAAGCAUGAACCAACUCUCAUAUGCAUACGAACGGUAAAAGACCAUGUCUUUGGUGCCUAUUGUUCCACGGCUUGGGAACAGCGCAACCUUAAGGACGAAUUUGGGAACCGCCAGACCUACUUUGGAACGGGAGAAUGUUUCUUGUUCAGUCUGCGGCCUACUGUUGCCAAAUACCAGUGGGUUGGCAUAUCUAAGCAGCAGCAGAAUUCAGAAUUGUCUUCAGUGGAACAUUCAUCAGAGCUCUUCAUGCAUGCAGACAGCUACAUGAUCACCAUUGGUGGAGGAAAUGGACAAGGCAUCAUGCUGGACCAAGAACUCCGCUUUGGCAAAACGGAAAAGUGCAACACCUUUGACAAUCCUCCUCUCACACCUGAUGUUGACUUUGAAGUGAAGGUCAUUGAGGUUUAUAGCUUUGCAAACGUGUAAG